CGGGCGCUAGCGGAAGCGCAGGCGGUCGGGGCUGCUUCCCUGUCGGACCCUCGGCGGCGGGAGGCGGGGCGAGAGCCCGGGCCCGGCGGCAUCCUUCCCAGCGGCCAUUACCGGGGCUCCAUGGAGAAGCGGGGUGCGCCGCCGGCCCCCACCCCGCGGGGCCCAGUGCUGCACAUCGUGGUGGUGGGCUUCCACCACAAGAAAGGCUGCCAGGUUGAAUUUUCCUAUCCUCCCCUAAAGCCUGGAGAAGGACAUGACAGCCACGGUUUACCAGAGGAAUGGAAAUACUUGCCAUUUCUUGCCUUACCAGAUGGUGCUCACAACUAUCAGGAAGAUACUGUGUUUUUCCAUUUGCCACCGAGAUAUGGGGAUCGAACCACAGUAUAUGGGGUCUCUUGCUAUAGGCAGAUUGAAGCGAAGGCAUUAAAAGUACGGCAAGCAGACAUCACCCGAGAAACCGUACAGAAAAGUGUCUGUGUUCUCAGUCAGCUGCCUUUGUAUGGGUUACUUCAGGCAAAGCUGCAACUCAUUACACAUGCAUAUUUUGAAGAAAAAGACUUCACGCAAAUUUCAAUUCUAAAGGAACUUUAUGAUCAUAUGAAUAGUUCCCUGGGCAGUACUUUGCUAGAAGGGUCACAAGCUUAUCUGGGUCUGUCUCCUCGGGAUCUUGUUCUUCACUUUAGACACAAGGUCUUGAUCCUUUUUAAAUUGAUUCUUCUAGAGAAAAAGGUGCUGUUUUAUAUUUCUCCAGUAAAUAGGUUGGUGGGAGCUCUGAUGACUGUCCUGUCACUCUUUCCUGGUAUGAUUGAACAUGGUCUUAGUGACUGCUCACAGUAUAGACCAAGAAAGAGCAUAUCGGAAGAUGCUGGGUUGCAGGAAAAUACACCACGGUUAGAUGACUAUGUUUCUGUGUCUGCUGAUGAUGAUUCAAAUACAAACUUAGGAAUGGGAAAGGGGGGCAGGAAGAUGGCAGGAAACCAUUCACUGGAAGGUCAAAAAGCAAACGUGCCUUUCUCCCAGUCAGAGAAGACUUGCAAUGGAGCUCAGUCCUCCAAUGGUACUGUGCAGCGCUUGAAAGUUCCUUCCUGCACUUCUCCAGCAUCCUCUGAAAGUGACUGGGAGACCUUAGAUCCUAGCAUUUUGGAGGAGUCUAAUUUGAGAGGAGAACAUGAAAAUACAGCAUCAGAACAGGCUGAAAAUCUUCCAAGCAAAGGCAUGAGCUCAGAAAGCCUUCCAAUCACUGUGCAGCCCCAAGCAAACACAGGACACACGGUGCUUGUUCCAGGACUGGUAUCUGGGUUGGAAGAGGACCAGUAUGGUAUGCCGUUGGCUAUUUUUACAAAGGGGGUACCUUGUUUGCCAUACAUGGCACUGCCAGCAGCAUCAUCUCUGUCAGAUGUAACAGUCCGUGGCUUUGUUGCAGGAGCCACCAAUAUCUUGUUCCGUCAGCAGAAACAUCUGAGUGAUGCAAUUGUGGAAAUAGAAGACGCUCAUGUACAAAUCCACGAUCCAGAACUCCGUAAGAUGCUGAACCCAACAACUGCUGACCUAAGAUUUGCAGAUUACUUGGUGAAGCGUACUGAGAACAGAGAUGGUUUCCUUGAUGGCACUGGAUGGGAAGGAGGAGAUGAGUGGAUCAGGGCUCAGUUCAGUGCUUAUCUUCAUGCACUGCUUGCUGCUGUGCUGCAAUCAGACAAUGAAAAGACUUUGUCAGACUUUGGAACGGCAUUUGUAGCAGCCUGGAAAAAUACCCACAACUACAGAGUAUGGAAUAGCAACAAGCAUUCAGCUAUUGCAGAGGUAAACUCUAGCCACCCAUUCCAGGGACAGUACUCUGUAUCAGAUGUUAAGUUAAGAUUGUCACACUCUGUGCAAAACAGUGAACGUGGAAAGAAGAUUGGAAAUGUGAUGGUUUCUACUAGCAGAAAUGUUGUACAAACAGGAAAAGCUGUAGGUCAAUCAGUUGGAGGAGCCUUCACAAGUGCGAAAUCAGCUAUGUCAUCGUGGUUUUCCACUUUUACGCAGUCAACCCAAAGCCUCGGGGACUAAACGAUGGUUUUGCACAAUGCUGCUGAAUAUUUCAGUUGCAAUGCUUUCUCUGAGCUGUAAAAAGACCGCUCCAAAACACAGGAGUGGAGAUUAAUUACCCAGGACCAAAACAAGAUAUAUGUUGCUUGCAAGCAGAUGUGGGAUGUUACCAUUAAGUUUCACUAGAAGUAUAGGAGAAUGGUGAGUGUCUCCAUACAAUGGGUUGGCAUUUGCAGUAUAUUGGUUGUAUUUAAAAUGACUACGUUUCCUUAAAACUGAGCCUUUAUAAAGACAUUAGCAAACGGGGCUUGUUGUAAGUCAAAUGUGUUUGACUUCAGAUUUGUAAAUUUUCUUGGAUGUUGAAAAUAUUUAUGUAAACUAGCUAUAUUUUUCAAUCCAAAUAGCCAAAUGUUUGUGAAUUCUUGUUAGAAAUAAGCAGAGUAUAAAUACUGAUUCCUCUUUCAGGUUGGAUUUGCAAACAUCUCUGCAAAAAGUAUAUGGUGGAAACCCUUAAAGGGUUCAAGCCAGGUGGAACUUUCUCACUUUCACCUGCAAACUAAAAUCAGCAGGGUGCAGAGUAAGACUGUGGAUGACUUAAGGGUUUUUCUCCCUUUCUCCUCUAUAGCCAUGUACAGUUGCUCACAUUAAUCUGUCUCUAGCUCUCUUUGUGUCCCCAAAUCCGUGUGACAGUUGCAAAAUCAGUGUUUUCUUCAUGUUAUGCAGUAGGCCUUCAUAAUUCUGCAUAUGUUUUGGCUGUGUUCUUACCCUGGGAAGUGAACAGGAUUCCAGUUGGAGAUCUCUCUUCGGGAAAAGUAUUACAAAACAAUUGUCCCAAACUGGGAUUGGAUCAUAGACAGUUUUGUGAGGUCUUGCUCUAUUAGGAUGUAAUUACACCACCAAUGUAGUUACAUACAUAUAAAUACAAAGUACUAAAACCACCUAAAAGUAGCACAGUAGCAAACUCUGCAUGCAGGUUUGGUUUUGUUUGUUGUUUUUUUUUGCCAGUGAAGUUAUGAAGACGCUUCCAAAAGAAAAUCAGCUAUAUUGAUUUUCUGUGUUGACUCAGGGAAUGUUCUGUUUGGAUAACUACUUUUUUCAUAAGGAAAGUAACACUAGAAUUGAGAGAGUAACUAAAACGGCUCAGUUUGUAUGCUUGUGUGAAGAAAUAUAAUAGUUUAUAUAAAAAGAUGAGGCAUAAUGCUGUAUUUUGUACGCAACAUGUACACAGUGUCUUCUGUUUGCAAGUGUAUUCUACUUCCUACGUUUCCUGAUUCUGAGACUAUUUCCUGUUUCUUGCAACAUGUGUGCCUCUAUAUGCCUUCUAACAUCCCCACAUGAUAGCUGUUAACAUUUUCUACAUUACAUUAGCAAACAUUCCAACUUUCUGUAGUAAAAGGCUCUUAGUUUAUUGCCUCAUCAGUAUCUGUCAGCAUUUUGCCUUGUUCUUUUCUGGGGCCAAGAUUUCAAGUCAUGGUUAUUUCUUCUACUCCUCAAAUAAAAUACAGCAGCUGUACAAGAGGUAAAUAAGAAGGCUUGAAUGUAAUUUGUUUUAAGAAAUUAAGUUCUAAUUUCUUUAGGUGCAUUUGAAAAGCUAACAGAAAAGCCACAGUUGUAUCACGUAGUUACUGUCCAACAACUUAGUUUUCAGUUUUAUUGCCUCAAACAGCAAUUUGAAAACACAGGAUCUGGUUUAAAAGCCUUCAUUAAUUUUUUUCCAGGACAAACUAGAUAGAAUGGUCAUGGAAAACCUGAGAGUAUACAGCUAGUUUGAGUAGUUUCAUUUGAGAAGGGCAAAAAAGGCCCCUAAAGCUCUACUAAUCUACUGCUGCUGACAUACAAGUAAAAUGUAUCUAUACAACUGCAGCUGUUGUUCUGGUCUCUGUGUGCAUUUGUGUAUCUCCUAAAACUUCUGAUGCUCUUUUCUGUUUUAUUCCACAACUCUGUAAUAGACAUUUAUAAUCUUUUCAAAGAUUAAUACUUGAUAUGCAGAAAAAGCCCUGGUGAAAGCUCUGGCUGCAUUUACUCAUGACAAGUCUAGAGCUUUCUGAUUAAGCACGCAGAUAAGAAAAUAACCAAAAAUAAUCACUUGCUUUUGUGAAAUGGCUAACAUAUUAUCUGCUGUCUGGGAUUUAAGUGGUCAGGCUUCGUGUUCUAGUGAAGACUGAAUAAAGAUGCAUAAAGGAUUUAAGCACCUAUAAAACUAACUUCAGCACCUUAAGGCACACUAGGUAAAUUUAGGUGUAGGAGCUCAUGAUGGUUAGUUCUAGGAGCCAGGCAAGUGGUUGGUAUUUGCACGUACAAGAUACAGAAAAGGACCUUCAAGGAUCCCUUUUCGAUAUCCUUGUCUUUGUCACCUUCUCACCUGAGUUUCUUCUUUAGAAUUCUAUGCCCCUAAUUUGUAUAGCUGAUUUGUUAGCUCUCUUCAUUCCCCUUACUCCCACAGGCCCCCUUGCUGGCCCAGGGAUAUUAGAAAGCUGACUUUUUUUUUUUUUUUUUUUGGUAGAUUGAUCUGGGGAAAGGCAGAAUGAGGUGCCCUCUGCAGUGCUAAGCUGAUGCACAGCUGCUUGCUGCUUUGUACAGGGACUCUGUUAUGAUACUUCACAGUAUUUUUUUAUGGGCAAGAAGACCAGACAGAUCUUUCUCUGCAGUCUUUUUCCCACUGUCCCAGCUGUCUCUGUGGUUGGGCCAAACAUACAACCUGAUUAAGAGUAUUUUUCUUACUUUACAAAUGAUAGAAUAAGAAACUUGUAUUAAUUUUCAAUCUUUUUAAGAACUGGCAUCCUGCUAGCAGGUUGGACUGUGAUUUAAACUCAUACAGUGAUUAAGACUCAUGCAGUGGGUGGAGAUGAAGUGAUCUUCAUAACAUGUGUUUUCAUUAACAUGUAUGUUUGCUCUUUGACAUUUGCUUAAACUUAAUUUUGGGCUGUAGGAAGGCAUGCAGCCACUGUGGUUCAUCUAAGCUCAUGUAGUCCUGUUCUUAAUUUAAUGGUUGUAACCUCUUUAGUUAAAUCCAGUGCAAAUGCAAGUUAUUUUCUUCCCUUCUGUUUUAAAAUUUCCAGUGCAAGCAUUAUUACUUAUUCAGAAAGAUUUAGGCAGUUGACUUCUAUUUCAAAGACCCUGACAACCAUUUCUGCACUGCAAGAAGCAGAGUCCUAAAUGAAUUGGUGAUAAUGCCUCUGAGUCAACUGUGAAACUAUUGAUACAGCUCUGUUGUGAUGUAUGUUGCAGAGGUAUGUCUGGCUGUCAAUGUGCAGCAUGAACUGACUUAGAGGUAAUACAACAGCACACCUCUCAACUUCUGGCAUCAAAGACAUCAACCUCUGCUUUUUGUAUGUGCCAGCAUUUGAGGAACUGCCUAUUGAGCAUAUAAGUCCCCCAAACCCCACAAGACUAAGUAUCAUUGACCUAAUAUUUCAUUUGGCUAAAAUGUUCAGCAUUUUUCAUCAAUCAUUUUUGUGUCAUAACCUCAAUUCCUGUGCACAUCUGACACCGGUUUCCUCAAAUAUCGCAAUGUAAUUAUCAUUUUUUAGAUUAGCGUCCUAGUACAUUGCACUUGUUUAACCUUGUACAUCUGUUUUAAGCACCUUUGUAAUUAAAUUUAGUAUUUUGCCUAAACAAGCUUCUGAUUUCCACAGAAAUUAUUACUAAGCAGAGAAACUAAUGUGACAGUAUUUAACUGUAAAAGUGAAGGCGUGAAUGCAGGUUUUUAAACAUAGAAACUGUUGCUUGAUAAUUGAACAUGCAAGUAAUGUAUUUGAUUUUUCUUGUGCUGCUUGAAAAAUAAAUACAUCCAGCCUGUUUAAAGUUC